AUGGUAAUGGAGGUUUUGGGUGUUGGUGGGCAGGGGCGUGCUAAUGGUGAAUUGGGUUCAAUUCUGACGAGUUACCUUUCAUUGCCACCAAAUGGAAAACUUGUCCCAACACGAAAAGCCGAAACACUGAUCAGCCAUUGCAGUGCAUUCCCAUUGACCGUUGAGAUUAAUCCCAUUGUUGAUGAUCAAGAACUUUGCUUUGAAGAGCUAAAGAUGGUGAUGGACAGGUUGGGUAUAUCGUAUGAUCCAGUUGGUGCUGAUAAUGACAAGCUUGAUGAAGAGCCUUGUUUUGACGAGUUAAAGGAAGCUUUUGGUGUGUUUGAUGUGAACCAAGAUCGGUUCAUAGAUGCAACUGAGUUGCAGAGAGUACUCUGUAGUUUAGGGCUAAUGGAGAGAUCACAGGUGGAGUGCACUAGGAUGAUUAGUGCAUUUGAUGAAAAUGGGGAUGGACUCGUUGACUUUAAUGAGUUUGUCAAAUUAGUGGAGAAGUGUUUGCUCAGCCUUCCCAUUCAACACUUUAUGUAA